UUAGUGAUUGUUCUAUCUCAUAGAUAAGCCUAUUGUCGAUGAACGAUAUAUAAUUGUUACAGAAAUAAGAUCAUUUUCUAUUAGUCGAAGCUCAGAUUUUGUGUGAAAAAGACAUUCAAAAUUGUGCUAAAGUGUGCUGACUUCUAGACCCAAAACCAUGAGCACAGAAACGCAUGACACGCCAGAAAACGGCCACGCCAGUAAUGGCGAAGAAAAACCCAAAAUUACGGACGGCGAUGCUGGAGAAGCUCAGCUAGAGCGUAUUCCUUACCCCAAGUCUGUAUUUUUUAUCAUAAGUAAUGAAUUUUGUGAGAGGUUCAGCUACUAUGGCAUGCGAACAAUUCUCAGUCUCUACCUCAGGGACAUUUUAGAUUUUACUGAGGGAGAUUCCACGGUUAUCUACCAUACUUUUACAAUGCUUGCCUAUUUCUUUCCUUUGCUUGGGGCCAUUAUUUCUGACAAUUGGUUGGGAAAGUUUAAAACAAUCUUAUAUGUUUCUAUAAUCUAUGCGACUGGAAAUAUCCUGCUGGCGUUAUCAUCGGCCGAACCUUUGGGUAUACCCAAAAUACCAUUCUCCCUACUCGCCCUAUUUCUAAUAGCGGUGGGCACCGGGGGCAUAAAGCCAUGUGUGGCAGCUUUCGGGGGUGACCAGUUCGUCCUUCCGCAACAAGCAGUUCAGAUAGCGACGUAUUUUUCGGUGUUUUAUUUCAUGAUCAAUGCCGGAAGUUUGAUAUCGACUUUUUUGACACCUAUUUUGAGAGAAGACGUGCAUUGCUUUGGACAGAAUAGUUGCUAUCCUCUCGCUUUCGCCAUCCCUGGAGUGCUCAUGAUUUUGUCAGUUUUGAUUUUCUUUUUUGGAAUGCCGUUGUACAAAAUGAAGGAACCCGAAGGCAAUGUUCUCGUGCAAGUGGUCAAGUGCAUUUGGCACGGAGCCAAGAAGAAUUGGAAGUCGGACAAGAAAGUUGACCACUGGUUGGACCACUCUGAGGAUCGGUUCGACCGCAGUUUGAUUGAAGAUAUCAAGGCGACGUUGAAAGUGCUGGUGAUUUACAUCCCACUGCCCAUUUUCUGGGCUUGUUACGACCAGCAAGGGAGCGGAUGGACGUUCCAGGCGGCUAGGAUGGAUGGCAGGGUGGGCGCCCUUACCAUUUUACCCGACCAAAUGCAGGUCGUGAACCCAUUGCUGAUCCUGGUCUUUAUCCCGCUUUUUAACUACGUCGUUUAUCCCGCUUGCGCCAAAAUAAACUUCUUGAAAACGCCGCUCCAGCGAAUGGUGUAUGGAGGGCUCUUGACUGCGAUCGCGUUUGCAGUCUCUGCAUGUAUUUCGUUGGCGGUGGAAGGUGGAGAUGCUGACUUACCAUCCGAUGGUAACUGCCAGUUGAGAAUUUACAACCCUUACAACACCACUCUUAAUCUCAAUGUUAAAAAUUUUGCUGUUAACGUUACGUCACUCGACCCAAUGGGCUAUGGGUUCGCCCAGAUCGAACUGACGGGUGAUAAACAACUGGAAUAUGAGGUCACUUUUGACAACCAAACAUUUUCCAAUAGUUUCAACAUCAGUGAGGCAGAGGGUUACGUCUUGUACGCCACUGAGACUGGAUUUUGGGAAACGGUGGAUGAUAUAAGCAAACCGGACGAUGGAAUUCCAAAAAUAAGGAUCCUGGUGUACAACCCAAAAAACGACACCGCCUUGGCCUUCUACGAUGGAACUGCGGAAGCCUUGAAGUUCAACAGCAGUAACGUCUCCUUCCAGUCCAUAAAUCCCGGAACUUACAUAUUUGGUAACAGCGAAUAUGAGUUUAACUUGGGUGGUGUUUACACCAUGCUGGUGUACUUGGGCGCUGGAGGAAAAAUUGCGAAAUCGAAACUAUAUGAGAUUACUGAACACAACAAUUUGCACAUCCUCUGGCAACUGCCUCAAUGUGUUAUAAUAACAACUGGCGAAAUUCUGUUUUCAAUUACCGGCUACGAGUUUUCCUAUUCUCAAGCUCCAGAGUCGAUGAAGUCAGUUUUGCAAGCUGCCUUCCUUCUAACUAGCGCUUUCGGAAAUCUCAUUAUUGUUAUCAUAGAAUCGGCGAAAAUUUUUGAUAAACAAUCGUACAAUUUCUUCCUUUUCGCAGGCUUGAUGGCCUUAGAUAUGAUUCUUUUUGCUUUCAUGGCUAGGAAUUAUAAAUAUGUGGAUAAAAGUGAAGAUAAGGAAAAUGAAGAAGAUAACAAGUCGGAAAAGAAACUAAGUAAAUCAUCGGAAGAAAACACUAAAUUUUAAUCUGAAUCCUGUGGAUUGACAAUACUCUAAUUUGUGAUUACUAAUUUAAGUAUUUAUAUUACCGUGUAAAUACUACGUUUAAUAUGUCAGUAAACUAUGCGUGUAGUAUACUGCAGUUAGAUAUAAAAUUUAAAUUAUUUUAAUAAAUAAAUGAAAGACGUUAA